ACGGCUGUAGCUCAGUGGGCGGAGCUGCCAAUGACUCUUCUGUGGUAAACAGUGGGAGAAACCAUUGCCAUUUUGUAGGGGGAGAUAGGAGGGUUUGUCUGGACUUGCUUAUUUCACGUAUAUCCUAUUUUGAAGUAAAUGAAGAGUCAUGAGUAGACAGAUAUGUACAUAGGCUGAGUAAAUUACUGUACAUAUAAAUAUAAUUGUGUAAGUGUGGCAGAAGCAAGCAGUGCUGUUAGCAGGAACCAUAGAGUUUACAACUGUAUAAACUGUACACAAACCCACUGAUUUAGAGCAAUUUCUCGUGUAUCUAUGGUCUGUGGCCCAAUACUUCUGGAGGGAACCUGUAGUAGAAGGUUGUGAGAUUUGUUUUCCACAGACAUGCCUAUAAAACGCUUUUCUUUCUCUCUCCCCGAAACUCGCUUUUUUCAUACCAAAAAGGACGUGUUUAAGUUCAAAUUCCACUACGGCGCCCACUUUCCCAUGGAAGAUACACAAAACAAAGAAUAUAUUUCAGAAGAAAUAGUGGUGGGUACAAAAGGAUUUGUAUACGCGGCUGCGUACGUGUGUGAUUCAAUCAGAGCUGUCCUUGCAAAUCAUGAGAAUUUGCAUCCUUUUUGCACAGAACAUUUUAUUAUAUUUCCAUAUAAGACUAAAUGGGAUAGUGCUGCUCGUCUGAGGUUUACAUGUGGAGAUAAAACCUUCAACCCAUUUCCAUUUGUCUUUACUUUAUACAUAGAGCCAAAAUCGUAUUUGCCUGAGAAGCAGAGUAACCCCAGGGAUAUUGAAGAACAGAGCAGUGAUCUCACUGAGAAAGAAGAUGAUGGAGCGAUGAAGCAUGAGGAGACCAGCGCUAUUUCAGCUGUCACACAGAUACCAAAGUGUCAAGUCCAAGCAGAUCAGGAUCCAGGCCCAUCAUGUGGCUCCAACAUUCAGACAGGUGGAAUUACAAGAUUCCUUACAAGGCUCAAUCCUCUCCAGUUUCUGUUUGGUGGAUGGAAACGCAUUUAAUAUCAGCUGCCUCUGCCUGCCAUAAGCCUUAGCAGCAGUACAUUUAUUACGCUUGGAUUCAUUAUACACUAAUUUCAUUUGUGACGGAUCAGAUGCCACGGAGUCUAUUGCUCUACUGUAUUCUGUUACAUUAUGCAUUGUCAGUUCUAAAUUAAAAGUUAAUGAAAUUGCUCAAAAAACAUCCUCUUUUUGUUUAAUUUGCAUACUCACCCUACGGGUGCCA